AUGAAGAAAAAGAAAAUGAAAAAGCAGAACAUGCAGAAGGAGAAGGAAGAGGAGGAGGAGACAAGGGAUGAAGAAGGAGGAGGAGGAAACGCGCAAAAAGAAAAAAAGAGGAAGAAGAAGAGGGGGGAAAAAGCAAAAGGAAUGUGGAUGUUUCAUAAAGCUGUUCGAUUCAUCACCGAUGAUUUAAUUCGAGUUGAAGAAAAAGGAGAGCAAAAGAAGUACAUGGGUGUUUGUAAACUUCCUGGAGACGAUAAGAAGCAUCGUCGUAUUGACAUCAUUGUUGCACCGUAUAGUGAAUACCCUUGUGCCCUCGUUCAUUUCACUGGAUCUGGCCACUUCAACCGAUCCAUGAGGGCGCUAGCCAAGAAAAAGGGAAUGUCGUUAUCUGAGCAUGCAUUACGGACAGGGGUUGUCCGCAGAGGUCAAGAGAAGAUUCAUGAAGGCAUUCCUCUACCAGUUCACAGUGAGAAAGAUAUCUUUGACCAUCUUGGUUUGGACUAUAGGGAACCUCAGGAGAGGGAUUAUUAGAACAUAGCUUGACCUUUCUACACAGGGGUUAUCCAAAGGUCAAGAGGUCAAGAGAAGAUUCACGAAGGCACCCCUCUACCAGUACACAGUGAGAAAGAUAUCUUUGACCAUCUUGGUUUGGACUAUAGGGAACUUCAGGAGAUAGCUUGACCUUUCUAGACAGGGGUUAUGCAAAGGUCAACAGGUCAAGAGAAGAUUCAUAAAAGGCACUCCUGUACCAGUCCACAGUGAGAAAGAUAUCUUUGACCGUCUCUGUUUAGACUCCAGGGAACCUCAUGAGAGGGAUUACUAGAACAUUGAUUGACCUUUCUAGAUAAAGGUCAUCCAUUGAGGUCAAUAGGAAAUUCAUGAAGGCAGUUCACUUCUCUCCAGAUUAGGGUGAAAUGUAUCUUUGACCAUCUUGGUUUAGACUACAGGGAACCUCACGAAAGAGGUAACUAGAACAUUGAUUGACCUUUCUAGAUGAAGGUCAUCCAUCGAGGUCAAGGGGUCAAUAGGAAAUUCAUGAAGGCAGUUCACUUCUCUCCAGAUUAGGGUGAAAUGUAUCUUUGGCCAUCUUGGUUAGGACCACAGGGAACCUCGUGAAAGAGGUAACUAGAACAUUGAUUGACCUUUCUAGAUAAAGGUCAUCCAUAGAGGUCGAGAAGUCAAUGGGAAAUUCAUGAAGGUGUUUUUCUCCAGUUGAUUGUGUGAAAGAUAUCUUUGACCAUCUUGGUUAAGACUCGAGGGAAACUCAUGAAAGAUUACUAGAACAUUGAUUGACCUUUCUAGAUAAAUGCCAUCCAUAGAGGUCAAGAGGUCAACAGGAAAUUCAUGAAGGCAGUUCACUUCUCUCCAGUUUAGGGUGAAAUGUAUCUUUGGUCAUCUUGAUUUAGACUACAGGGAACCUCAUGAAAGAGAGUACUACAUGUAGAACAAAGGUUGACACAUCUGGACAAAGAUAUGAUCUGCAAAGGUCAAGAGAAAGUUUAAGAAUUCCUCUCCAAGUACAGUAAGAAAGAUCUCUUUGAUCAUGAUAAAACAUUUUUAUCGUUUGCGUGGUGACACUCUUUUAUUCCCUUUUUUUAUUGAAUGAAAUUUCGAUCAUUUACUAUUUAAAUUGCUCUUGGGAUUGACACAGAUAAAAUCAAUGUAGUAAAAUACUUUCUUGUUCACUUCAGCUGUAUCGAUGACAGUUUAAAAAACAAACUCAAUUUUCAUAUUGUAUAUUUUUGUAAUGAAACAUUAAAUUGAAUUCAUAUUUAAUUGCAGUACUAAAUGAAUUAAUUCUAAACGACUUAAGUAUAUUGUGAAUUUUCAUUCUCAUAUCAAUGAAUUCAUGAAAAUAAAAUGAUGCUUAGAAAUAUGACGUGCAAUAUGUUUACAAGUAAGAUCAAUUAAAAACAUAAAAAUGUAUAGUUAUAUCCCAAAACUUAAUGUCAUUCUUUUUCGGUUCCGACUUUUCUCUAUGUGUGUAAUGAUACACAGACUGAGCUAACAGCCAGUGCUCCAAGUAAUUUCUCAAUCCUUUUAUGGGAAAUGUUAGUCUAACAUACUCCAGGCUGAAAAUUAAAUGACUUGAACAGAUUAAGAAAAAUCAAACAAACAAAACAAAAUUUGAUCAAAAUCGGACAAGGAAUAUCAAAGUUUAGUUAUGGCAUUUUGAAUAUUUGCAUUACUAGUAUUCCGGUGAAACAGUUCUAGGCAUGUCUUCAUGAAUAUUCAAUGAGCAGACUGAUGAUGUCAUAUCCCCACUUGUUCUUUUGUAUUAUUAUAUGAAAUUAGGUUUAUUCAAUUUUUUUCCUUCAAAAAAAAAAUGUUGGAAUAGCAACUGAUUAAGUGCAUUAGAUAUUCAUUGCUGCAACUUAUUUCAUUACAAGGGAGAUUUAUCAUUCUCACAUGUAUGAACAAAAUGAAAUCUCAUAUAUUAACAUAAGAAAAAGGAAAGUGGGGAAUGAAUAUUCAUGACGACGAGCAUAUAACCGUUUUCACAAUAUAUUGUUAAAUAUUAGAAUUCUAUAACUUUGCAAUUUAGAUUUUUUAUGAUAUUUUCCGCAUUUUGCUCUGUGAAUUUUACUUUUUUUAUUUAGAUAUGUUUUCAGCCCGGAGCAUCCCUUUAAUAAUGGCAACUGAUUACAAUCCAUUUUGAUGCAUUCAGUCUUGCUUGGACAUGAAAGAUGCUCUGUUAUCCCCCCCUGUUAUCCUCUGUUAGCUCCCUUCCUCUGGUGAAAACCAAGGAAGCUCUCCAUUAACUUCUGGAAAAUGUAGCUGAAUGGAUUUAACAUUAUCGUAGAGUAUUAAACCGAGCUAUGUCAAUCAGUGUUUAGUACAAUAUAGGAUAUAAUAAAGAGAAUUAAUAGUUGAAGAGAUUGAUUGGACAAGCAUAAAUUUUCACUUUAUUUUAUAUCAUUCAAUUUCAUUGACUGUACAUUAUUCCCAUCAUGACAAUAAAUGUCCUGUGUGUAUGUUCAAUGUAAUUACAUGUAUCUUAUUUAUGUUAUGUUGAUAUUUUUUGUUCUUGCUGUUCUCUGUAAGGGAUCACCUUGCUCAACAAGCAUAAGCCUCUCGGGGUGCAACCCAUUUUUUAACCUUUUGUACAUUUUAUAUUGUAACAUCUGAAAAUGAAUAAAUGAAUUAAAAUAAAUUAAUUGAAUUAGGUCCUUUUCAUAGGAAUCGCGUAUUAUUAUGCAAUAAUUGUGAUGUUUAAACAAAGUGGAUAUGAAUUCAAUGUAGUAUGACUGUCAAAUCAAUCUGUAUUCUAUCAUUGUACAGUUAUUCAGAUGAAAUGUAUUUGUAUCGAUUCUAUUUUCAUCAAUUAACUCAUUUGAAUAUUGAUCUUUUCAUACAUAAGUAUGAAUAUCGCAUAUAAAUGUUUAUUUUUGUAAUAAAAAUAAGUCAAGAAAAUCACUUUGGAGUGAAAUUUAUAUGAAAUAAUUACAGGUGUCGUGAAAUUCUGUGUUAUUGUUGUUACAUUUCAAUUCAAUAUUUUCAUCAAAACUUAAACAAUAAGAAUUUGUACGC